AUGGGCUCGUCGACAACUGUCAUCGGAGGGGAGUACUUGGUCCUGGGCAAGAUUGGCGAAGGCUCCUUUGGUGAGGUAUUCCGAGCGACCCAUAUCGCGUCGGGCGUGGACUACGCUAUCAAGCGAGAGCCUAUCGACGUUCCUCACCCUCAGCUGGAGCAUGAAGCCAAGGUGUACGGGAUCCUGGCUGGAGGAGACGGCAUUCCUAAGCUGCGUUGGUUCGGGAAGGAGGGCGUGUAUAACGCCAUGGUCAUUGACCUCUUGGGACCCAACCUAAAGCAAAUCUCACAUCUGAGAUUCAUCCACAGCAGAGGACUCGUCUACCGCGAUGUCAAGCCAGAGAACUUUCUCUUGGACCCUCAUCUGUCGAUCGUCGAUUUUGGCCUGGCUUCCCACUACCGGGAUGCCUCUGGUAAACAUAUCCCGAACCGAGGUAGCACCAAGCACAAGGUCGGCACGGCUCGAUACGCGAGCAUCAAUAUCCAUUGUGGUCGAGAACACACUCGUCGCGAUGACAUCGAGUCGGUCGGAUACAUGCUUCUCGAGUUGAUGAUCGGUACACUGCCCUGGUCUGGGAUCUCUGCAAGAAAUUCGAGGCAGGGUUGGGCCAAAAUGCGAGAGAUCAAGGAGGACAUUGACCUCGAUGAGUUGUGUGAGGGCCUUCCAAGGGGCUUCAUGACCUACAUUGGGUACACCCGCAGUCUGCGCUUUGAUGAAGAACCCGACUACGAGUACCUCCAGAAUCUCUUGCGAUCGUGUGCGGGACCGUGUUCGUGGCCGAACGGACGCUAUGGGUACGGGUACGACUACGACGUCGACGAACACCAAUGCUUCUGCGGCUGCAUGGGAUAG